AUGUCCUACGAUGGAGCCGUGGAGAAGAGGGAGGAUCCACCGCAGCCGCCGGCGGGGAACGGGGGCGGGACCGGGAAUGGAAUGGUGAUGGCGUCGGCGCCGGGGGCCGGCACUGGGGGGAGACCGUCGUCGUACGGGGACCGACGGUUGCGGCUGAAUCCGAACAAGGAUCACAAACCGGAGCGCUACGACGACGUGCAGACGGAAUUUGACCCCUCCAUCUUCAGCUCCCUCGAGCGGCACCUCCCUCCCAGCAUGUUGGAGGUCCCUCGCGAUGCCAAGAUCCAGUUCAUGAAGGAGAUCCUCGCCAGGUACCUUCCCGAAGGCGAGCGCACACGGGUGAGCCACCUUCCCGAUCUCUUCAACCAAUCUCCCUCCGUUGAUUUUGUCGUCGGAUGUGAAAAUUCGGUACUCCUCUCCUCUCUACGGCUGUUUUCUCUCCAGUCCAUCAGAUGCCAGAGAUCACGGCCUACCAGGGAAUUGUGAAAUGACGGAAUAGCCCUCGAUACCCCAAAUCUCACUUGCUGGGCCCUUCAGCUGGGUGGGUGCUUGUCGUCAAAGUAUCAAGUGCUCCGCGUUUAACACAAUUCGGAUCCCGGUGAUCGAAAGCGAGACGCGAACUCAUGGAGACGAUCUUUUAUGGUUAAGGUCUGCUGAUUUCACGGUCAAAAGUUGAGCCUACCUCGUUUGGCCUGCUUUUCCCUGAUGAUAUUUUGAACGGGUCAGAUGGCAGUUUAUCGACUGCCUGUCUGAUGCGGAAAGCUGGUGGUUUCGGAGAUUUGAUCCAAUCUUCACAUGCAGGUGGAGGGUAACCUUUUUAUUUGAAAAAGGUGUUGGGAAGAUAGCCUGAAUGAUGGUAAUCGUGGGCAUUCAGCAAACUGAGAAUUAUUGCUGGCAAAAAGUGGUGAGAACGGCUAUAUUGUAAAUCAAAGUCGUUAUUGAAAAUGCUUUAAUGAGAUAUGGGCUGUGAGAUGUGACAGGGAAUCUGGGAAUGGUAAGCCGAAUCUCAUGCGUACAAGUGAGUAAAUGUACUCUAGAUUACUCAGCCUAGGGAACAUUGACAGGCUGGCUGCGAUAGUACUGACAAGUUUGAAGAGGAAGAAGGCUUGACCUUUUUUUCUGCAAAAAAAUAAACUAAUUUAUAUGUUUGCUCAUUCGGUGGUGGAUUUUUUGGAAAGUGAUAUCCGAGAAUGUGAGCAUAGAUGGGACAGCGAUGCCAUGAAAAUUAACUAGAACAUUGAACUGCCUUUGGGGUAAGAUUCCCCAAAAUGAUAUCCGAAAGAUGCUCAAUAAGCACAAACCGAAGAUGAUAUGAGGUAGAUAAGGAUGUGCAUAUGAUUAUAUCAUACUUGAGAAUGUUCAAUGACAGCAUGGAGAAUUAUCCUAUAAGAGGAUUGUAACUUUUGGGCGAGGGAAUUUCAGAUACCAUAAGGUAGCAUGCUUAGGUGUUUUAUGUGAGCAAGCACAUUAUUUCUCUCCUCAUUAUUAUCUCCUUUAUAUCCAGUUUUGGUAAUUCAUCUUGGGCCUAAUUAUAUAAUGGUACAUUCUCUGUUCCUCUUUAAUAACCUUUGAAACUUUCAUGAUAUAUAGAUAAUAUGGAUAAAUAUAUAGAUAGAUAAGGGGAGGGAGAGAGAGAGAGAGGGUAUGAACUUCUGAUGUGAAGUUUCAAGGAUUACAAACUCUCUUGGAGGCUUGUGCUAUGAUUUUAUAUUACUCUUUAAUAUUAAGCUACCUUGUUUUUCGAUGUUGUGAAUUUGCUUUGUUCUUUUCCCAAAUUAAGCCCAAAAAAUUUUGCAACUACGCUUUUUUUCAUGUGAUUAAUGCUGUAAUUACACUCUCUAGCCUAGUUUCUGGUUGCCUUUGUGAUGGGUAUCUUUUUAUCAUAUCCAUUACGAAUCCAGAUUGAUAACGUGAUAUUAUCCUCUUGUAUACGCUAGAUGUGUUUUUGCUGGUUUUUAUAAUUCUAUGCACAUUUCUAAUUUGUCUUCCUGGAACAUUUUUGUCCGAUAUUUAUAUAAUAUUCUUAAAUUUAUGAGGACAUAUUUUCGCGUAACAGUUAUCUUUUCAUGUGCGAAACUUUCUCUGAGUGAAAUGAAGACUCAUUGUCUUUCCUUGUGUUUCAGGUUCAGAAGCAUAGGGAGUACAGAAACAGAAUAUUGACCGCAUAUCAGGUGUGUAUUUGCUUCCUCAAGGUUUUGCAAAUUUUGGUGUGGAAGAGAGGGGUUUAUAAGAGUUCACUGAAGAGGAUGUAAAAACCUAAUUCUUCCAAACGAUUAUGUAGUACUCUCUACUUCCAAGUUUUUUUUUUUGUCUCGGCUAGUGUAAAUGUUACACUAUUUUGAUAAUUCUGUCACCAGGGACUGGAUGAAAAGGCUAUAAUUGUCUUUCAGUCUGGCCAAAAGUGCUCUGCAUACAGUUAUAGGCUUGGGAAGUCAGGCGGAAAAAACAUUAUGAAUCGGUAAAAAGGGCACCACCUUACACUGAUUAUCCGUUUAGUGAAAGAUUGAUGUCGGAGUGUGUGUGAGAUUGCCUUGUGUCCAGAUCGUACCUCUCGUCUUAGUUCUGCCAAGUUCAAUUACAGAGUCACUAGAUUCUUAGUGUGGAAGACGAUCAUGUUUGGCAAUUUCGUUGACAAAGUUGCUUGAUGUAAUCGUUUUUGUUCUGGCUCAUUAGUUUUUCUGCUGCAUCAUAUUUCACUUCCAUCCGAUUAAUAUACCAUUUCUCAGUAAACCAAUAUCCUCUCAUGUUGACACUUGGCCUAACGAUUACUGGAAACCUGCUCGUUCAAUCUUACUAGAUAACCAUGAUCUCGAUGGACUUAAAGCGUUACUUUCCAUUUCAUCAUGGUAUUUAAAUCAUGAUAAUGGAAAGAUCAUUGUGGUAGUUUUAUCUAAAGACCAUGAUUUAUGUGCAAUUUUUCGUUCUAGCGACAGUUUUAACCAUGCAAUCUACGGUUUUAAAUAAUUCCACGCUGCAUCUAGCAUGAUGUUCAUAGUCCAACCAGAUUUAUUCUUUCCUUUCAUUUUCUAAAAGGAAGUUCACGGAUUGUCACAACUUGAAAAUUGUAUUCUACUUUUAACACUCUAUGUUAUCUCGAGAAUCAUGUAACUGUUUGGUUAAUUUAGUCAUUCUUUAGCUGAAGGUAUGCCUAUCUGAGAAUUUAAAGUCCAAAAGUGGGUGCUGUCUAUGUUACCUAUGGAUACAAAAUUAUUGUACCAUGCUAUUUAUCAUUUGUUUCUUUUCAAUGUACAGUUUUCCCUACGGGUACCAGAUGAUUUGUAACUCGUUAUUUGUCCCUUUGUUACUUAUCCUAUUACAGCCUCUACAUGAAGAGCUCUACAACAGUCAUCCUUCUGCUUUCUUGGUUCCAUCUUUUAUCAAAGCAGUCAGUGAGAAGACAGAAGAAAGCCUGAGGAGCAUAAUGUCUGAGCCUUCUCCUGGGGUAUAUAUAUUUUCUAUGCUUCAACCGAGGUUCUGUGAACUACUUCUUUCUGAGGUAUUAAUCCCAUCCUGUUUGAUUGUAUUCUAAAAAAAAAAAUUAUAAAUCAUGUUGCCCAUGGAUGAUGCGAGUCUGUAGGUUUUGUUUAUAUUAUUUUUUAGUGAAUGAUUGGUUCAUCGACAAUUUAGGUUGAAAAUUUUGAAAGAUGGGUACGGGAAGUGAAAUUCAAGAUCAUGCGGCCAAACACGAUGAAUAAAUAUGGUGCUGUUCUCGAUGAUUUUGGUCUGGAGAAAAUGCUUGACAAACUCAUGGAGGAAUUCAUAUGUCCCAUAUCUAGAGGUGAGAAAGUAAGCGUGAUUCAAUGCUAUAUCUUGUAGUUGCUGAUCUCAACUAGCUCGGUUAUUUCCCAAUUUUUUAUGUAUUCAAUUUCUGCGUGCAGUGUUUUUUUCUGCAGUUGGUGGAUCAUCACUGGACUCGCAUCAUGGCUUCGUUGUAGAAUACGGAAAAGACAAGGAUAUCGAUUUGGGUAGGUGUUCCCUUAGUCAGUUUGCUGCCAUUUUCACGCUGACCAUGCCAUUAGCUUGAACACAUAACCAAAGCUGGAAUCAAUUUACAUGUCAGUAGUUUCUACGAAAAAAAAUAAUUAAUUUCACUAAUCAUUUGACACUGAAAAAAGUCAACCAACGCUCAAUGGAUGAGAUGUUCCGGUGUUAUCUGGUAUAACAGCACCAAUAUUUCUUCAUGUGAAGUAUCCCAUUUCUUAUAUCUACCAUUAAUGGUGAUGAGGGUAUGGCAGUAGCAGACUAAUUUGGCAACACAGCAUAUAGCGGCAUACAAAUUAUGGGUUGAAGUAGCUUAUCAUAUCUUUAAAUAGUUAAAAAACUUUCCUUUUCGUCUAGCAGAGCUUGAAGAACUUAACAUCGUCUCUUGCCUCUGAUUAUUAUUCCUUUUCGUUAUUACUACGCGCAUCCUUUUUUUUUUGGUGCACGCUGGUAAAGACACAAAUGACUUCCUCUUCGUUUCCUCUGUUCUUGAUGCGCACCCAUGACUCUUUCCAGUGUGAUGAAGCCAUAUGUUUUAAAUUACUGCAGUCUUUUUAUUGCAGGUUUCCACGUAGAUGAUUCGGAGGUCACCUUGAAUGUGUGCCUGGGCAAGCAGUUUUCAGGGGGCGAUUUAUAUUUUCGAGGCGUCCGAUGCGAUAAGCAUGUAAAUGCUGAGAGUCAACCAGAGGUUCGCCCCUACCUUUGAGCUGAUUGGAAGCAAUGCUUUUCAUAGUCUCUCACAAACGAUAUAUCUAUAAAUGGAAGGAAGUAUAGACAAUAUCCCUGUUGAGCCAAUUGGAAGCAAUGAUUUUCAUAGUCUCUCACAACAAUAUAGCUAUAAAUGGAAGGAAGUACGGACAAUAUCCCUGUUGAGCCAAUUGGAAGCAAUGCUUUUCAUACUCUCACAAACAAUAUAGCUAUAAAUGGAAGGAAGUACAGAUAAUAUCCAUGUAGAUGCUAGAAAAUAAACAAUAAAAAAGAAGUAUAUGGGACCCGUGAAUCUCUUCAUCAGUCUCUAAGAUAUGCAGACAUUUUCUCUCUCUAGGAAGUCCUGGACUACGCCCACAUCCCCGGGCAGGCCGUGCUUCAUAAAGGCCGCCAUCGGCAUGGGGCUCGUGCCACAACAUCUGGGCACAGGAUCAACUUGCUUCUGUGGUGCAGAAGGUAAUAUCCUCUCGUCUCCUCUCCUCCCUUUUACUUUAUUUAUCUCAUGCUAUCUUCAAAGUUCUCUGUGCCUCAUGCGAUUGAAAUCCCUAUGGUUCGCCACCACCAUGGGCCUCUCUCUCCUCUUCAGCUCGGUCUUCAGAGAGAUGAGGAAGUACCAGAAGGAUUUCUCCAGCUGGUGUGGCGAGUGCCAGCGUGAGAAGAAAGACAGGCAGCGCCAGUCCGUCGCCACCACCAAGCUGGUAAUGCUCCCCUUCUCUUGGGUCGUUCUCCUCGUUAGUAGUUACUCUAUUUGGCAAGAAAUCUGGCCUCGUAGGGUUCAUGAAUCUAAGUAGCCAGAGAUUGCAGGCGUUUCUCAGGAGAGAAGGAGAAUCCACAGCGUAG